UGGUGGUGCACGUGUUGGCGUGGGCCCGCCUCUGUUUGCCGCCAAGCCAGCUCCCAAGAAACCAGCGACCCCUCUACCGCAGGAUGAGGAGGCGACCCUUCCGGACUCAGAGGUGCUACAGAUUACCUCCCUGCCCCUACAUACAAAGACUCAGACUCUUCUUCGCUCUCCCUUACAGAUUCCCCGUCCAAUGCAGCAACUACCCGCUCAAUGCCGGUACCCGCCGGUCCACGUCGUGCAGCUCCCCCGCGCAAGAAGGCAUACAAGUCCCCUCCUGUGUCCCAGCCCCCAGAAGUUCCUGUACUUGAUGUGGCACCAGAAAUUUCUCGAGAUGCCCCAGACGCUGAACCCACAGAAGAACCUGCUGAGCCUACUACUGAACCUGAACCUGAACUUGAACCAGAGGCCAGGCCGUCUGUUGUGACAAUGACGUCACAAGAAGUAGUCGAAAGUCCAGAACAAGUCCAAGUCCCAUCCGCGGAUCGGAUUCUCGUGAUCGGCGACGUACAGAGGGAGAUUGGUGAAGUGGGCGUGAGUGUCGAGCUUGACACAGCCGAGGUAGACCCCGCAGACAAGCUCGAAUAUGAAGAUAAUUUUGUCGAUGCCGAUGAGCCUGUGCCUGAGCAACAAGACCAGGAGCAGGAAGAGCAGGAAUAUGAGGAGCGUGAGCAGGAGGAAGAAGAAGACGAAGCAGGAGAAGAAGCACGUAGGCAACGUGUGGCUGCUAAGCUUGCCCAGAUGGGCGCGUUUAACCCACUUGCGGGACUCCUGCCUGUACCCCACCACGAUUCCAUACCCUCACCUACCGCUAGACGUGAUUCAAUUACUGCUCAGCCUGUCUCUGUCGAAGAACCUCUCGACGUCGGUGAAGUAACUCCCUCUGCCACUGCUGCUCAUAUCCCGCCCCAGUCCCACGCCGAGGAAGAACUAGAACAAGCCAAAGAAGUAGACGAGCCCGCUUCUCGUGCUGCCGAGUUCGACGAUGGAUCUCAGCCUGACUUGGGGGCAACUCGCCGCGUGCUAUAUCAAGAAGAAAAGGACGAACAAGAACGAUAUGAUGGUUCAGAUCGGCUUUUGAAUGAAGCCGAAGCUUGGGAGCCUGCAUCACAGUCACACGCUCUUGAUACUCCUCAUCUACCACCGCUGAGUCCCAUCUCGCAAGAAUACGAGCCCGGCCAGGGCGAUCCGAGUCAACCAGGCACAAGCGCCCAGGACAAGGAGGCCGUAUUGACAGAUGCCGUUGGUUCAGCACCAUCAUAUAACGCGCCCGAUAUCCUUGCACCGGAAUUAACCCCAGACCAGCACCAGGCCGACGACGAGAUGGCCCCUGCCCGUAUCACACGUCCAAUCCCGCCUCCACCUGUUAAUUUUUUAUCGAAGCCUCCAUUUGCACCCUCAUUCCCAUCGCCACCCCCCAGACCACCAUAUGCACUCCAGGCUGACGAGGAAAGGCCCGAGUCGCCUGCACCGCGGCCUGUACCUCCCCCUGUGAAGAGUGUGAAAGCAGUCCGAGGAGCCACCUGCACCACCCUCUCGCGUUGCUCGGCGAACGAGUGCGAGCGUUAGGUCUUUGGAUAUCGCGGAUGAGCCGCCCGCCCCACCACCUCGCGUUGCUCGGCGUACGAGUGCGAGUGUCAGGUCUGCGGAUAUGGAGGAGCCACCUUCCCCACCCCCUCGCAUCGCUCGGCGUACGAGUGCAAGUGUCAGGUCUGUGGAAUUGGAGGCUCCGCCCACGCCACCGCCUGUGCCGACCUCUCCUCGCCCUUCGUUGCGUAGACCGACUUCUCCACCGAUAAUCACCGCACUUCCACUGGUUGUUCCUGUGACGACGAACGAGGAGGACACUGAGCAAGGUGUGUUGUUGUCGGGUUAGUAUCGUGGCGAGUUCUGAUGGGAUUAUC